UUUCUUUAAUUUAAUUGUUUCUCUUUUUAAUUAUAAUUGCACUUGAUUAACCGUUGAUUGGAAUUUGUAAAUUAAUUUCUCCUUCUCCAUUCAUUACCUGUCAUCAAAUUUCUCUUUUCCAUUGCAAGUACAAUUGUAUAAAUGUGAUUAACCAGAAUUUUCUCCAACCACAUACCUUGAACUGAUUCCAUUCUGCUUUCAAUCUUUAAUAUCAAUCGUUAAUCUAAUUUAUUUUUCCUGAUUCAUUUGUGUCCAUCGAUUGAGUUAAUCAUCAAUGUAUGCUGAACACCAAACAGAUGAACCUGAGGAUCCUGUAUACACUUCACUGGUCACAUCAGUAUUAAAAUUGCAAAAUGAGAACAAAAACUCAAAAGAGUCCAUCAAAAGGCUAGAAGAUGAAUUGAAAAAAGAGAAAAGAAAACAGGAAGAUGAGAAAGUACAAUUCAAGGAUAUAUUCGAAGAAGUUGAAAAUCUAGAAGCAGAGAAGAUCAAAGUACAAGAAGAAUUGGAGAAAGUUAUCAAUGAUAAUAAAUCACUCCGUGAAGUUUGCAGUGGCUCCUGUCAAGAAUUAACUGAUUCUGCAAAUGAGGUGAUGGUCAAAUUAAAAGAAAUGGUCAACUGUUCAACAACUAUGAGAGAGCAUUUAAGUCGGAUAAAUCAGACCUUGAUCGCAAAUGGACCUGAUAAGCAAUCAAUUGGAAUCAAUACAGAUCUGAGUGGUGAUGACUAUGCAGGAGUAUCUGUUCAAUCAGAUGUAUCCGCUUGUAAAGACAGUGUCAUCGAAGUGUUGACCAAUUCAAAUUUUGAUCUAGAAAGACAAAUUGAAGCGAUUACCCAAAAAACCAUUCCAAGUGACAGUAUGUUGGUACUCGUUGAAGAAUGGCGAGAGUUAAGGGUAAAGGCCAACAAGUUGAAAAGGACAAUCGACUCAAGUGUUAACUACAAUAUGUGAUGGCAAAAUUUUCAUCUAAAUCAUAUCUACUCUGUCUGUCUCUCUCUCUCUCUCUCUCUUUCUCUCCAUGACUUCCAUUUUCUUUUCCCUCUUCACUCCUCGUUUUCUGCGUCUUUCUUUGUCGCUUUCUCUCUCUCUCUCUCUAAUCUCUUCUUUCACUAUCUAUUAUCUCUCCCUCACUUUCUCCUUCUUUUCACGCUAAUGAUUCUUUUUUUCUUUUCUAUUUUUCUCUCUCUCUUUAUCUACUUCAUCCUCAUACUCAAUCCUCGUUCAUAAUUUGUACCUUGUUCUGGAGAUGGAACAGUUUCCCAGUAGCUAAAGAUAGCUACUGAUGGGAAGAAAUUUGCUAACAAUCUACUUUAAACACAUACACUCUCCCUCUCUUUCUCCCACAACAAUCAACUAAAUUGGAGAGAAAAAUUUUAAUUAAAUUAAUGUGUCACUCA